GCGACCGUUAGAGGGACACCUACAACCAUUUCCAUGGCAACCUCAAAGCUGGUGGCAAACAGUAGCUAGUUGUUUGUUGUGCAAGACGGAGGAAGCCCACAGGAUAUCAAUUUUGGAUACUUGGCAAUGGAGAGAAUAUGUCUCGACAAAUCAGCUUUAAAAGCAGUGGAUGACUACUGCGAGUACAGAAGGAUUGUUGGUGAUGAUGAUGGAGGCAAACUGUUCACUCCGGAGCAAUAUGAGGAGUACAAGAGGAAGGUGCUCCCUCAACGAAUGAAAAACAGGCUGUAUGUGAGCUUUGGGGUGCCAGGAGGUAUCGAUUGCAAACUCAUUGGCCCUGAGACGCAGUGCUUCUGUGCACACAGGUAUAAGCAACAUAAGACCGACUUUGAAGUGGUUCCCUCUGAGCGACCUCUCGCCCUACCAUGCCUGGUCAGAGGAUGUUGUUGUCUUGCCUACCAGUAUGUUCCCCACAUUGGGCCCAACCCUGUCCGCUGCAGGUGUAAGCACUUACCUCAGGAUCACAGUGAAGAUACUGGCCACAUGUGUAAAAAGUGUACUUCCUGUUCUGGAUUUCAGAGCCCCUUCACCUGUGGGUGUGGUCAGCCCAGCUCUGCCCACCAGACUUUGGUUGAGACAAAACAAGAGAGGGAGGCACGUAGUCGGCCCGUAGGCAGGGAUGUCCCUUAUGCAGCCAUGGGGGGGCUGACGGGGUUCACCUCCUUGUUGGAUGGUUACCUCGCUUUAGAAGCCAGUGGCUCAGAUGUCGAGUCACGUGGAGCAGCAUCAUCUCGCAACAAGAACAAAUAAAAGCCAUCUUUCAGCUCAGACAUUCUUCGGUUCAUGGAGUCAGUGUUUUGGUGAUCAGGGCCUUUGUUGACGUGUGUGUUUGCAUGCAUUGCACUAAAGGUGAAGAAAGUUCCUUAAAGAGGCAUGUGAGGGCAGCAAAGAGCAGCACAGCAUCUGUGUUGAAUAAACAAAAGUCUGCAGAGA